AUGGACGUGGACGUGGACGUAGACAUGGACGUGGACGUGGACGUGGACGUCGACGUGGACAUGGACGUGGACGUGGAUGUGGACGUGGACGUGGACGUGGACAUGGACGUGGACGUGGACAUGGACGUGGACGUGGACGUGGACGUGGACGUGGACGUGGACAUGGACGUGGACCUGGUCGUGGACGUGGACCUGGACGUGGAAGUGGACAUGGACGUGGACAUGGUCGUGGACGUGGACGUGGACGUGGACAUGGACGUGGAUGUUGACAUGGACGUGGACGUGGACGUGGACGUGGACGUGGACAUGGACGUGGACAUGGUCGUGGACGUGGACGUGGAGGUGGACGUGGUCGUGGUCGUGGUCGUGGACAUGGACGUGGACGUGGACGUGGACGUCGACGUGGACGUGGUCGUGGACGUGGACGUGGACGUGGACGUAGACGUGGACGUGGACGUGGACGUGGACGUGGACAUGGACAUGGACGUGGACAUGGAAGUGGACGUGGAUGUGGACGUGGACAUGGACGUGGACAUGGACAUGGACAUGGACAUGGACGUUGACGUGGACGUGGACGUGGUCGUGGACGUGGACGUGGAGGUGGACAUGGACGUGGACGUGGACAUAGACGUGGACGUGGACAUAGACGUGGACGUGAACGUGGACGUGGACGUGGACGUAGACGUGGACGUGGACAUGGACGUGGACGUGGUCGUGGACGUGGACAUGGACAUGGACGUGGACGUGGACAUGGACGUGGACGUGGACAGGGACGUGGACGUGGACGUGGACGUCGACAUGGACGUGGACGUGGACGUGGACAUGGACGUGGACGUGGACGUGGACGUAGACAUGGACGUUUACAUGGACAUGGACGUGGACAUGGAUGUGGACGUGGACGUGGACGUGGACAUGGACGUGGACAUGGACGAGGACAUGGUCGUGCAUGUGGACGUGGAGGUGGACGUGGACGUGGACAUGGACGUGGACGUGGACAUGGACGUGGACGUGGACAGGGACGUGGACGUGGACGUGGACGUGGACAUAGACGUGGACGUGGACAUGGACGUGGACGUGGACGUGGACGUGGACAUGGACGUGGACAUGGACAUGGACGUGGACGUGGACGUGGACGUGGACGUGGACGUGGACGUGGACAUGGACGUGGACGUGGACGUGGACGUGGACGUGGACGUGGACAUGGACUUGGACGUGGGCGUGGACGUGGACGUGGACGUGGACGUGGACAUGGACGUGGACAUGGAAGUGGACGUGGACGUGGACGUGGACAUGGACGUGGACGUGGACGUGGAUAUGGACGUGAACGUGGACGUGGACAUGGACGUGGACGUGGACGUGGACAUGGACGUGGACAUGGACAUGGACGUGGACGUGGACGUGGACGCGGACGUGGACGUGGACGCGGACGUGGACGUGGUGGACGUGGACAUGGACGUGGACAUGGACGUGGACGUGGACAUGGACGUGGACGUGGACGUGGACGUGGACAUGGUCGUGGACGUGGACCAGGACGUGGACGUGGACAUGGACGUGGACAUGGUCGUGGACGUGGACGUGGACGUGGACGUGGACGUGCACAUGGACGUGGACGUGGACGUGGACGUGGACGUGGACAUGGUCGUGGACGUAGACGUAGAAGUGGACGUGGUCGUGGUCGUGGUCGCGGACAUGGACGUGGACGUGGACGUGGACGUCGACGUGGACGUGGUCGUGGACGUGGACGUGGACGUCGACGUCGACGUGGACGUGGACGUGGACAUGGACGUGGACGUGGACGUGGACAUGCACGUGGACAUGGACAUGGACGUGGACGUGGACGUGGAUGUGGUCGUGGACGUGGACGUGGACGUGGACCUGGACGUGGACGUGGACGUGGACGUGGACAUGGGCGUGGACGUAGACGUGGAUGUGGACGUGGACAUGGACGUGGACGUGGACGUGGACAUGGACGUUGCCGUGGACGUGGACGUGGACGUGGACAUGGACGUGGACGUGGACGUGGACGUGGACGUGGACAUGGACGUGGACGUGGACGUGGACGUGGACAUGGACGUGGACAUGGAAGUGGACGUGGACGUGGACGUGGACAUGGACGUGAACGUGGACGUCGACGUGGACGUGGACGUGGACGUGGAAAUGGACAUGGACGUGGACGUGGACAUGGACGUGGACAUGGACAUGGACGUGGACGUGGACGUGGACGUGGACAUGGACGUGGACAUGGACGUGGACGUGGACGUGGACAUGGACAUGGACGUGGACGUGGACGUGGACGUGGACAUGGACGUGGACGUGGACGUGGACGUGGAAAUGGACGUGGACGUGGACAUGGACGUGGACGUGGACGUGGACGUGGACAUGGUCGUGGACGUGGACCUGGACGUGGACGUGGACAUGGACGUGGACAUGGACGUGGACGUGGACGUGGACGUGGACAUGGACGUGGACGUGGACAUGGUCGUGGACGUGGAGGUGGACAUGGACGUGGACAUGGACGUGGACGUGGACGUGGACGUGGACAUGGACGUGGAUAUGGACGUGGACGUGGACGUGGACGUGGACAUGGACGUGGACGUGGAAGUGGACGUGCUCGUGGACGUGGACAUGGACGUGGACGUGGACGUGGACGUGGAUGUCGACGUGGACGUCGACAUGGACGUGGACGUGGACGUGGACAUGGACGUGGACAUGGACGUGGACGUGGACGUGGACCUGGACGUGGACGUGGACGUGGACGUGGACGUGGACGGAGACGUGGACAUGGACAUGGACGUGGACGACGACGUGGACGUGGACAAGGACGUGGACGUGGACGUGGAUGUGGACGUGGACGUGGACGUGGACGUGGACAUGGACGUGGACGUGGACAUGGACGUGGACAUGGACAUGGACGUGGACGUGGAUGUGGACGUGGAGGUGGACAUGAACGUGGACAUGGACGUGGACGUGGACGUGGACGUGGAUGUGGUCGUGGACGUGGACAUGGACGUGGACAUGGACGUGGACGUGGACGUGGACAUGGACGUGGACGUGGACGUGGACAUGGACGUGGACGUGGACGUGGACAUGGACGUGGACGUGGACGUGGACGUGGACGUAGACGUGGACGUGGACAUGGACGUGGACGUCGAAGUGGACAUGGACGCGGACAUGGACGUGGACGUGGACGUGGACGUGGAUGUCGACGUGGACGUGGACGUGGACGUGGACCUGGACGUGGAUGUGGAGGUGGACAUGGACGUGGACAUGGACCUGGACGUGGACGUGGACGUGGACGUGGACAUGAACGUGGACAUGGACGUAGACGUGGACGUGGACGUGGUCGUGGACGAGGACGUGGACGUGGACAUGGACGUGGACGUGGACGUGGACGUGGACGUCGACAUGGACGUGGACGUGGACGUGAACGUGAACACGUGGACGUGGACGUGGUCGUGGACGUGGACGUGGACGUGGACGUGGACGUGGACAUGGACACUGGACGUGGACGUGGACGUGGACGUGGACGUCGACGUGGACAUGGACGUAGACGUGGACUUGGACGUGGACGUGGACGUGGACAUGGACGUGGAUGUGGACAUGGACGUGGACGUGGUCGUGGACGUGGACGUGGACAUCGACGUGGACUUGGACGUGGACGUGGAUGUGGUCGUGGACGUGGACGUCGACGUGGACGUCGACGUGGACGGGGACAUGGUCAUGGACGUGGACGUGGACAUGGACGUGGACGUGGACAUGGACGUGGAUGUGGACAUGGACGUGGACGUGGACGUGGACGUGGACGUGGACGUUGACGUCGACGUGGACGUGGACGUGGACAUAGACGUGGACGUAGACGUGGACAUGGACGUGGACAUGGACAUGGACGUGGACGUGGACAUGGACGUGGACAUGGACGUGGACGUUUACGUGGACAUGGACGUGGACGUGGACAUGGAGGUGGACGUGGACGUGGACGCGGACAUGGACCUGGACAUGGAAUUGGACGUGGACGUGGACAUGGACGCGGACAUGGACGCGGACGCGGACAUGGACAUGGACAUGGACGUGGACGUGGACAUGGACGUGGACGUGGACGUAGAUGUGGUCGUGGACGUGGACGUUGAUGUGGACAUGGACGUGGACGUGGACGUGGAUGUAGACGUGGACGUGGACAUGGACAUGGAUGUGGACCUGGACGUGGACGUGGACGUGGACGUGGAAGUGGACGUGGACGUGGACGUGGACGUGGACGUGGUCGUGGACGUGGACCUGGACGUGGACGUGGACGUGGACAUGGACAUGGACGUGGACAUGGACGUGGACGUGGACGUGGACGUGGACGCGGACAUGGACGUGGACGUGGACGUGGUCGUGGACGUGGACGUGGACGUGGACGUCGACGUCGACGUGGACGUGGACGUGGACGUGGACGUGGACGUGGUCGUGGACGUGGACGUCGACGUGGACAUGGAUGUGGACGUGGACGUGGUCGUGGACGUGGACAUGGACGUAGACGUGGACGUGGACGUGGACGUGGACGUGGACAUGGUCGUGGACGUGGACCUGGACGUGGACGUGGACGUGGACGUGGACAUGGACGUGGACGUGGACGUGGACGUGGAUUUGGUCGUGGACGUGGACGUGGACCUGGACGUGGACGUGGACGUGGACAUGGACGUGGACGUGGACGUGGACAGGGACGUGGACGUGGACGUGGACGUCGACAUGGACGUGGACGUGGACAUGGACGUGGACGUGGACAGGGACGUGGACGUGGACGUGGUCGUGGACGUGGACGUGGACGUGGACAUGGAGGUGGACAUGGACGUGAACAUGGACGUGGAGGACGUGGACGUGUACGUAGACAUGGACGUGGUCGUGGACGUGGAGGACUUGGACGUGGACGUGGACGUGGACAUGGACGUGGUCGUCGACGUGGACGUAGACGUGGACGUGGACCAAGACGUGGACUUGGACGUGGACGUGGACGUGGACAUGGACGUGGACGUGGACGUGGACGUGGACGUGGACAUGGAUAUGGACGUGGACGUGGACAUGGAUAUGGACGUGGACAUGGACAUGGACGUGGACGUGGACGUGGACAUGGACGUGGCAUGGACACGUGGAGGACUUGAACGUGGACUGGACGUGGACGUGGACGUGGACGUGGACGUGGACGUCGACGUGGACAAGGACGUGGACGUGGACGUGGACGUGGACGUGGACGUAGACGUGGACAUGGACGUGGACGUGGACGUGGACGUGGACAUGGACGUGGAUGUGGACAUGGACGUGGACGUGGACAUGGACGUCGACGUGGACGUGGACAUGGACGUGGACGUGGACGUGGAUGUGGACAUGGACGUGGACGUGGACGUGGACAUGGACGUGGACGUGGACAUGGACGUAAACGUGGACGUGGACAUGGUCGUGGACGUGGACGUGGACAUGGACGUGGACGUGGACGUGGAGGACUUGAACGUGGACUGGAUGGUCGUGGACGUGGACGUGGACGUGGACGUGGACAUGGACGUGGACAUUAUCGUGGACCUGGACAUUGUCGUGGAAGUGGACGUGGACGUGGACGUGGACAUGGACGUGGACGUGGACGUGGACGUGGACGUGGACAUGGACGUGGACGUGGACGUGGACGUGGACAUGGACGUGGACGUGGACGUGGACGUGGAUAUGGACGUGGACAUGGACGUGGACAUGGACAUGGACGUGGACAUGGACGUGGACGUGGACAGGGAGGUGGACGUGGACGUCGACAUGGAGGUGGACGUGGAGGUGGACGUGGACGUGGACGUGGACGUGGACAUGGACGUGGACGUGGACGUGGACGUGGUCGUGGACGUGGAUGUGGACAUGGACGUGGACGUGGACGUAGAGGACUUGAACGUGGACGUGUACGUGGACAUGGACGUGGACGAGGACGUGGAGAUGGACGUGGACGUGGACGUGGACGUGGAUGUGGACGUGGACGUGGAGAUGGACGUCGACGUGGACGUGGACGUGGACAGGGACGUGGACGUGGACGUGGACGUCGACAUGGACGUGGACGUGGACAUGGACGUGGACGUGGACAGGGAAGUGGACGUGGACGUGGACGUCGACAUGGACGUGGACAUGGAGGUGGACGUGGACGUGGACGUGGACGUGGACGUGGACAUGGACGUGGACGUGGACGUGGACGUGGUCGUGGACGUGGACAUGAACGUGGACGUGGACGUGGAGGACUUGAACGUGGACGAGAACGUGGACAUGGACGUGGACGAGGACGUGGACAUGGACGUGGACGUGGACGUGGACGUGGACAUGGACGUGGACGUGGACGUGGACGUGGACAUGGACGUGGACGUGGACGUGGAGGUCGACGUGGACAUCGACCUGGACGUGGACGUGGACAUGGACGUGGACGUGGAUGUGGACGUGGACGUGGAGAUGGACGUGGACGUGGACGUGGACGUAGACGUGGACGUGGACAUGGAUGUGGACGUGGACAUGGACGUGGACGUGGACGUGGAGGUGGACGUGGACAUGGACGUGGACGUGGACGUGGACAUGGACGUGAACGUGGAAAUGGACGUGGACGUGGACAUGGACGUGGACAUGGACGUGGACGUGGACGUGGACGACUUGGACGUGGACAUGGACGUGGACGUGGACGUGGACGUGGAUGUGGACGUGGACGUGGACGUGGAGAUGGACGUGGACGUGGACGUGGACGACAUGGACGUGGACAUGGACGUGGACGUGGACGUGGACGUGGACCUGGACGUGGACGUGGACGUAGACGUGGACAUUGUCGUGGACGUGGACGUGGACGUGGACGUGGACGUGGAUGUUGACGUGGACGUGGACGUGGACUUGGACGUGGACGUGGACCUGAACGUAGACGUGGACGUGGACAUGGACGUGGACGUGGACGUGGAGGACUUGGACGUGGACAUGGACGUGGACGUGGACGUGGACUUGUAG